UUUAUUUAUUUGUGUGUGUGUGUGUGUGUGUGUGUGUGUGUGUUGGGGGGAGUUGGUGGUGGAAAGUAUUCAGAAUAAUUUCCAUGCUAAGUAUGAAGCAUUUUACAUAGUUCUUGUCCUGAACAGGCUAUAAACAUUAAGGAUUAAUUUACCACGACAAUGAUUGAACAAUGUGAUCCCGAAAGUGACGACUGGCAACAUAAUAUUUAAAUCAAAUUCACCUAGAAGAAAACAUGAAACCGACAUGAUUACAUUUGUACGUUGUUAUCUUAUUAAAGGUUGCUCCAAACUAUGAACAAUGCAUUCCCAUAAUUGCAUAAUAACAAUCUUACAUAUAAAUAUGUGAGAAUAUAUAUAUUUUUUUCAAGCUUAUAACAAUAAACAAAAUUCUGACUGUACUCAUAUAUAUAUUGUGAUGUUCACUGUGGAAAUCAUACGAACAUUUUCAUUAAGAGUCAAACGAUUUUUGUAUAAGCUGUACCUUGUCUUUAGUAUUAUUAGCCAUUAUGAUCAUACAUUCAGAAUUUCAGCUUCCCUUUAAAAAUUGUACUUACAGUAGAGUAGCUUUAUAGUCAAGGCAUUCUCUUAUCAGGUGUCAGACACAAGGUCAUCGGCUAGAGGGGAUUUGUUUAGCAUCGCUCUUGCAAACUUAAUAACUCGCGUCCAUGGUAGGUUGCGAUUCUCUUGCCUCAUGUGCUAACAGUUUUAUGCAAUAUCAUUGGAAUUCCUUUCAAAAAGCAGGAUUGCCACAGCGGAACACUGUCUUCUGUUCCUAUCUACACUCUCACGUCAGCUCACUGAUACCGUAAGUAUUACAAAUCACAUUUUAAUAUUCGGAAUAAUCUUUGGAAGUCAAAGGUCAGGUUUUGACGCAAUAAACAUGUUUAGCGUCUUCGUGGAAAUAGUAGUGUACUUGCCUUUACAAUAACAACCACUGUUGAACAGCAUUAUGCUCUUCUUUUCAAUAUUUCCUUUAUAAUACCUACAUUAUCCGUAUUACGAGUCCCGUAUGAUGACGAUGAUGAAGAUGACGAUGACAAUGACGAUGAUGAUAAUUGUAACAAUGAUGAUAAUAAUAAUAAUAAUGAUGAUGAUAGCAGAAGCAGCAGCAGCAGCAGCAGCAACAACAACAACAACAACAACAACAACAACAACAGCAACAACUAAAAUUAUUAUAAUUUUUAUGCGGUGAUGGUGAUGGUAUCAGUAAAGGUAGAGUAUGUGUGUGUGUGUGUGUGUGUGUGUGUGUGUGUGCGUGUGUGUGGUUGGUGAUGCGUGACCCUGGGACGGACUCACGUGUGUGAAUGAGGAACCCUCCCCAUGUCAUUAUCGCUACAGCGGACAACACCCAGCCGUCCCACCACGCAGCGGCUGUGGCUAGUGUUUCCACAGCCGCUUCCGAGCAUCACCGGUGUCUGCAGGAAGGAACUUAAUCAAAACACAGUACCAUUUUUCGGGUUCGUUAAGUAACAGCAACGCAACAUGAAAGUGGAAAAUAUGGAAUAAUCUUCAGAUUGUUUCGCUCUUGUACAGAAGUGAGUGACUGUGUAACCUGAGGGGCGAGGUGCAUCCUGUGAUGAUAGCGAGGUAACGCUCAGGAUCUCAAGUGUAAGGCGAUGAAGCCGAUUGACAUAUCGAAAACAUAACUGAGGGUACUGUGAUGGUUCACUGUACAAAACACAACGCUAUGAACCUGACGCUGAUACCACUGUUCUAGCGGCCCCAGUCCUUAGGAUUCUUCAGCGCCCAGUCAUGUGACACAAAGACGUAGUAAGGGUAUAUGUGCAUGUCUCACGUCGCCGCUCUCAAGACAGCUCUCGCCCAUCACUAUUUCGCCCAGGAGUGCAGCACUAACUGGACUUAUCAUCACUACUACGACGACAACAACGACGAAAACGACCAGACCCUCUCUUAUUUUCAAAAGGUCUGCAUGAUGGUGGUGACGCUGGGCAGAUGCGGCCUAAGGUGCGGCAAGGCGGUUCUGCUCAUUUUCAACCUCGUCUUCUUCGUGACGGGCGUGGCAGUGAUGGUAGUGGGCGUGUGGUGCGUGGCUGGGGAUGGACGUGACGUGAUGCUUGUCCUGGCGCCCACACCUGACCACCUGCCCACUCUCAUUCAUCUGGCGUACGGCUUGGUGGGUGCAGGCGGUGUGGUGCUCUUCACAUCCGUGCUGGGCGUGUGGGCGGCCCUAAAGGAGAACAAAUGUGGCUUAGGAUGGUACGUGUUGGUGGUGGUGGCGGUGAUCGGCGGGGAGGUGGCAGUGGGGGUGUUGGGGGUGGUGUACCAACUGCGUGCCGUGCACAACCUGGGAACGUCUCUCACCCAGCGGCUCAAGGCCCACUACGCUGCGCCAGGCCACGAGACCUUCACCCUCGCUGUCGACUAUGUGCAAUACCAGCUUCAGUGUUGUGGUGUGGGCGGCCCGGAUGACUGGAAGGAGAGCACCUGGUUCCUCGAGGGUGUGGGUGGCACUGGGCGUGUCGUGCCCCUGACCUGCUGCAGCCUUCACCUCGCCCCUGCCGCAUAUGUCAACCCAAAGCCCCUCAACACGACCCUGUGCCAGAGUGACGAGCCGCUCGCCCAACAAAUUGCCCGCCACCAGAAGGGGUGUGUUGGACGAGUCGUCGGCUGGGUGCAAGCUCAAAGUGGACUAAUCACGGGGGUGGGCGUGGGCGUUGGCGUCUUGGAAGUGGCAGGGCUAGUUGCUGCAGCUUCCCUCUGCCGCGCCAUACGAUCCACACGAGACUAG